CAUUUUAUUUACUUAUUAAAUCUUUUCUAUACCAUCCUUCUUCUGGCCUUUGAAAAGAAGCUGUAGACAACAUAAAAUCAUAAUAUCAGCAAUUACAAAAUAAAUAAAAACCAACACAAAUGGCUAAGUCAAAAGCCCCAAAACAUAGCAGCAUAAUUCAGAGCAGGAACUGAUAAUAACUGUGGCAGGAAUCAAAAUUCACAGUGCAAAUAGGACUCUUUGUGACAUUACAGACCCAUACUGUAUUACCUAACAAAGGUACUGACCAGCAGAGCAUAUGUCUUUCUGCUUUCAAAACAAGUCUAACUAAACUAAAGUGGGAAAUGAGUGCGAAAGGGUGGGGAUCCAUGCCUUGAUGUUAUCUUUGGAGAUCCUCAUCCACGGGCCUGUGCCUUCAGAACUGAGCUGUUUUGCCUUUCCACCAAAGUGUAAGCACAAUGAGUCAAGUGAAAGAUGGCAAGCCACCAACAAGCCACAGCAAAGUGUCGGAACUGAUGCUGGCCCUUGCAAACAUUAAACAAGGGCAAGAGAAACACUUUGAUGGGAUGGCUUUUAUGGAAUCCCAUGCCUCUCUUUUCCAUAUUAUUUGUUCCAUAGUAAAAUCUUUCAAGAAGACUGAAAAACAUGAUAACACACUCUCAGAGUCCCAGAAAUCUGAUCAAAUUUGCCUUAGUGUGCCACAUGAUGAUGUCAUAAAGAAAGGUCCUGAUUCAGCAAAAAAUAUGCAAGAAGACAAAGACACCUGCACUUCUGUACAUUCCAAGCAUCUGACUGUGUCAAAAAGCAAACGUGAUAUGUUUAGACGGCAACAAAAACAUGGCUUUGGAGUACUGCCACCAACACACUUGCUUCCUUAUCUGGUUUUAAUUAAUGAAUGCAUUCAUUUGCCAAUUGAUGUCCUCCAAAACCAAUGUCUUAGAGGAAAGAUAUUAUGCAGGAUACAGUACUUUACACUGAUACACAGAAAGAAGAAACUACUACCUCAGGCCGCACCGCAAAAACUACCCAUUGCUAAAUCACGAACAACUGAAGGAGUGUAUGUAACUUUCGAUAGCCUUAAAGAUCUGCAAUGGAAGUUAUACAAAGGCCUGGCAAAACGGAAACCAAAAGUGACUGGAACGUGGAGGGAGCCCAUCUUCAGUCUUGGAAUAACAGCAAUUCCAACUCCAAGUAAUGCAGAAUACAUCCUCCCCUUGAUGCCUAACGACUGGCUAGUUGAUGACUCUCUCAAGUAUUCAAUUCCAAUAUCUGUCCUCCUUAAACCAGACAGAUUAGGUAUGCAAAUGGCAAGCAGUGACUGGAAAGCAUCCAUCUGAAAUGCAUUAAACAACUCCUGGUGCUUGGUACCUUGUGUGAGGCUAAUAAUAACAUUCAUUCAUUCAUUCAUUCAAUCAAUCAAUUUAUAUUCCACCCUUCCUAAACUGGCUUAGGGCAGAUUAUAUUUUAA